AUGCCGUCUCUAGCUGCUAUUGCUUCUUCGCUCUUCGCCUUGGCGCUCGUCGGUGCCCACGGUGCUCAAGCCGGCGCGUGGACCAAGACCAAUGUGAAUGGCAUGGACACCGCAUUGCUGCUUUCGGCGGUGGGAGACGUGGGCUCCUACAGCUCCGGCGUCUCCACGUACCUCUGCGUCUACAAGGUCAACAGCCUCGAGACGCAAGCUGGGACGGCCAGUGGCCCCACCAACUACAACUUCAGCUUGACCGGUUGCAACGCGGGCGAGGAGUUCGUGGGCCGUUGCCCCGAUCUGACGAGCUUUGCCGGCUGUGGCAGCUACAACGUGUUUGUCGCCAAGCAGUCCAAGACUAGCAAGCCCAAGGUGACGUCGGUCAAGAAGCAAGCGUAG